ACCUUUUCGCCUCCAGUCGUUUACAGAUAAGCCUGCGGGAUGGACGAUUAUUAUUACAUUUUCUACGCGUGAUUCUGCGCCUGAGGCAGCCCGAUCGAUGCGAUGUGCUAUGGUGUUGAGUCAUUGUGAUAAACUCUGUGUGCUGUGAUAUGUUUGCCUUAUACUAGAUAUAGGCAUGAAUCUUUAUAUGCAGUGUCAUCGUGAGGUAAGCUGUGAACAGAAACCGUCUACUUCAUGUUAGUCCAUAGGAAAUAUUUUGAAAAUGACUUUCCGUUGUGUGCCCACGUUUCAAGCAGUUUCGAACGAUAGCAACGCCACAUGGGAGCGCCUCGGUGGCGGAGGGCUGGGUCUGGGCAGUGGAGGAUUCCGCGGCGGAGGUCAGCCCUCGCUAGCGGACUUCCAGCCGCCCUACUUCCCACCGCCCUUUGCACCGCCUGCGCAUCCCGCGACGCCGCAUCAGCAACAAAGCCAUGGCAUGGAUUAUGGAAGCAGUGGAGGUGGAGAAUAUGGUCAACACUACGCGCCUCAGCAAUUGCUGCCUCGUCACCACGGUCACCACGAGCCGCAUGGCCAUCUGCGCCACCAUCGUGAUCAUCAUGACAUACAUUCGCACCAUUUAUCGCACGGUGGCUUCAGCUAUAGCGGCAGUGAUCGGCGGUCGGAUUAUGGGGUCCGGGAACAGCAUGAGUUGGCGUUACAUCAUGCCCUGCACUCCACAGAUGAAACACAGAAUGCUGGCAUGGACGAUACCACGGGAUUCAUGACAGACUUACCCUUAUUAAAAUCGAUGAAAGGCCGCGAUGGCCUAAGCGCAGGGUCAUGUGCACCAAACGACGUGUUCUGCUCAGUGCCAGGACGCUUGUCACUUCUCUCCUCAACCAGCAAGUACAAAGUGACAGUCGCUGAGGUCCAACGAAGGCUAUCUCCCCCAGAGUGUCUCAACGCGUCCCUGUUAGGAGGAGUCUUACGGAGAGCAAAAAGCAAAAAUGGCGGGCGGUUAUUACGAGAGAAAUUAGAAAAAAUAGGCCUUAACCUACCAGCAGGGAGACGGAAAGCCGCAAACGUGACCCUGCUCACUUCAUUAGUAGAAGCUGAAGCAGUGCAUUUAGCCCGUGACUUCGGCUAUGUAUGUGAAACAGAGUUUCCUGCGCGGGCGUUAGCGGAAUACCUCGCGAGACAAUACGCAGAGCAUGACGCUAGACGAAGGCGGGACCUCUUGCAGGCCACGAAGCAGGUUGUCAAAGAAGUAAUGGACCUUCUAAACCAGGAUAGGUCUCCACUCUGCAAUACUCGGCCGCCGCAUCUCCUUGAACCGGCGAUACAGCGACAUCUAACGCAUUUCUCGCUCAUCUCGCACGGGUUUGGAGGACCGGCUAUUGUUGCAGCCCUCACUGCCAUACAGAAUUUCUUAAACGAGUCGUUGAAGCAUUUAGAUAAAUUAUAUCCUCAAAGCGGUAUGGUUUCGUCAUCGUUAGACAAAACUAAAAUGGACCCUGACAUCAAAAAGUAGCAGUGUGACGUCACCACAAGAAAGUAUUUGUGAAAUUACAACAUUAUAUAACGUGCCAAUGUCGAUAUUUUUAUGAUUAAAAUAACAUUAAAAUGCCUUUAUCUAAA